GUUUCUUCCAGGCAGUGAGUCUGAGAUCCGAGUGAUUACUGACCAGGAUCCCCGCAGAUGACAUGCAGUCUCAGAAAAGAGUGGAGGUGCAUGAGCAUCUCAAUGGCUCCCGGAUCAUUUUCUCGGACGAGGCUCUUCCCGGCAGUGGAUCCAGACAGCACUUCAUGGCUCCGGAUGUGACCCAGGAAGUAGUCGUGAUCUCUCCUGGUCUUCCUACGCCUCCCUCAAGUCCGUUUCACAACAGUUCAGCCCCCGCGGCGUCACAGCACAAGCAAGUGUCAGAGGUCAACGGAGGUGGAUUCACAACACACAGUUUCGGAUCCUACUAUGGGCCGACUCAGACAAAUGUUGGAUUAUCCAAUGGCGUGAUACGGAGCGGAGGUCCUGCCACUUUACCCAGGACGUCUGGCACCCGAGAGGAGCACUUGAUCAAGUUCUCUGGAAUCGGUCCUGUAGAUGAGACAGGCAUGCCGAUCGCAUCCCGAUCUAGCGUAAAUAAGCCCAAGGACUGGUAUAAGAGCAUGUUUAGACAAAUCCACAAGAAACCAGAGGAGUCAGAGUUUGACUGGAGAGAAAGGAAGCUGUCAUCAUCUCCUCCCCCAGAUUCUGUCCAGCAGGACCCCUUCACCCUCACCCCUCACGGAGCCCUGCCCGACUGGGCUGAUCUGGGCGACACAGGGAAGCACCCAGAACCCAAGAGUAUUUUUGACUUUGAGCCUGGAAUGAGGGCAGCAGUAGAGGAUCGUAGUCAGCCUCUGAGGUCUGAGUCACAGAUGGCUUCAUAUCUCAGCCCAGUGAAACCUCAGUCCCAGUCUCCGUCCAUAGAGGCGACGCUGGUGUCAGAGCUGAACCGGUUUGAGGCCGAGCUGGACUCAGACAUUCGUGGUCUGGAGAGGAGACUGUCCCAGAAGCAGCGGCGAGGCAGGGGUGAGGGAUCUAAAGCCAACACAGCAACCACAAGAACAGAAGUGAACAGACAAGAAAACAGCUAUCCCAUAAUCCCCUGCUCUGUAAAGCAGGGCACAACAGCGGGCUUCGUGCAUUCUGAUGAUCACCUAACAUCAUCAGACAUGGAUUUCCCUCCUAAGAAAGAAGAGAGAAAGAUGAAAGCAGCGCGAGUGAAAUUUAACUUCCAAGCACAGUCGCCAAAGGAGCUGACCUUACAAAAAGGUGAUGUAGUGUACAUACACCGGCAGGUGGACGCCAACUGGUAUGAAGGAGAGCAUCAUGGGAGAGUGGGGAUCUUUCCCACCAGCUAUGUGGAGAUUAUUCCUCCAACAGAGAAACCCACGCCAAUAAAGUCUCCCACCGUCCAGGUGCUGGAGUACGGAGAGGCCGUGGCCCUGUUCAACUUCAACGCUGAUCUGCCCGUGGAGCUGUCCUUCAGAAAGGGCGAGGUGAUCUCCAUCACUAGACGUGUUGAUGAUCAGUGGCUGGAGGGUCGUAUCGCCGGCACCACCCGCAGUGGAAUCUUCCCCAUCAACUACGUCCAGGUCAACAAAAUGCCCCGCACUAAAAGCAGUGAUGACUUUCCAUCUUCUCCCACUCUUACCCCAGAACCUCCCAGUCCCAGCCGACCACAGCACUCCCCUCUGUCUCCCUCGUCACGCUCCCCCGAACCCCAGCUUUCUCCUCACAAACACUGCAGCCAAUCACGCUCCCCUCUGACACACGCUCAGCCCACCUCAACACAACAGCCUUCGAAGCACUUCCAGUUCUCUCCUGGCCUCACUUCACUCAUGAGCAACCAGACCGGAUCUCUGCACGCACACCGUCCACAGGAAAAGGACACCAGACCACCCGUGUCACCCUCCAAUCAUGUGCUGACAUCUUCACAGGGUCCGGGACUGCCAGCCAACACCAGCUCGCACCCUCCGUACAUCACCCAGGAUCGGACCAGAUCACAAUCACCGAAGCCCAAUGCAGAUGUAAAGUUUCCUUCCACAUCACGGUCUCCUGUGAACAUGGGUUAUUCACCACAACCCUAUAAAGCAGUUUACAACUAUAAACCCCAGAACAGAGACGAGCUGGAGCUGAGAGAGGGAGACCUCGUUCAGGUCAUGGAGAAGUGUGAUGACGGCUGGUUUGUAGGUAUGUCUGAGAGGACCCAAGCUUUUGGAACAUUCCCUGGAAACUAUGUGGCACCAGUUUAAGAGCUUCCACCAAUCCUCACGGACACUACAGACUCAACCACUAAUCAAUGCCAAAUACUGUCUGUCUGCACUGCCUCUGUACACGAAACACAAAACCACUGCCCUCUUCACACACACAAACUUCCUUCACAAAGCAUGUGCACUGCUCUCCUCACAGACGCUGGACACCGCUGGGUUUGACCCCUCACGUGAUGAAGCCACACUGCAUUACGCUUUGAAGAUCCUUACAUUUAUUUACAGUUGUCCACAAUUCUAUUCACGUUAUCGAAGAUGACUUCAUUUUAACUUCUUUGUAAAGUUUACCUCCAUUUUGGUUUCAGAUUUGUAGCAACAUUGCCCUUGAACACUACAUAUCCUGAGGAUCUGGAUG